GUGGUGCUGGUCAAAGACCCCACACCCAAGGAAUUGCUGUCCUAAAUAAACCUGCAGUUACUAGGUGCCAGUUUUACGGCGGUGCCCCCAGGCCCUGCUCCAGGUCCCCACGUGCAGAUCAAAAUGUAAAAAUAAUCCAGAAACAGCGUUGGCCGUUGGUAAACGCCGAGCUGCCUGGCUGCCCGCGAAACCAGGCAAUGCGGAAAAAGUUAAUUUUAUACUUUAAGAGGCGAAAUCAUGCUCGCAAACAGUGGGAACAGAAGUUUUGCCAGCGUUAUGACCAGCUGAUGGAAGCUUGGGAAAAGAAAGUGGAGCGUAUCGAAAAUAACCCCCGACGCCGUGCCAAAGAGAGCAAAGUGCGGGAAUACUAUGAGAAGCAAUUCCCAGAGAUCCGGAAGCAGCGGGAACUGCAAGAGCGCAUGCAGAGCAGGGUAGGACAGAGGGGCAGCGGAGGGCUCUCCAUGUCGGCUGCACGCAGCGAGCACGAGGUGUCAGAGAUCAUCGACGGGCUCUCGGAACAAGAGAAUCUGGAGAAGCAGAUGCGCCAGCUCGCCGUCAUCCCACCCAUGCUCUACGAUGCUGACCAGCAGCGCAUUAAAUUCAUCAACAUGAACGGCCUCAUGGAUGACCCCAUGAAGGUCUACAAGGACCGGCAGGUGAUGAACAUGUGGAGCGAACAGGAGAAGGAGACUUUCCGGGAAAAGUUCAUGCAGCAUCCCAAGAACUUUGGCCUGAUCGCAUCCUUUCUGGACAGGAAGACGGUGGCGGACUGCGUCCUGUACUACUACCUGACCAAGAAGAAUGAGAAUUACAAGAACCUCGUAAGAAGGAAUUACCGGCGGCGCGGGAAGAGCCAGGUAGGAGCCAGAGGAGCGCGUGGAAACGUCAUCCCGCGGGCUGGAGACAAGAACGACGACACGUCCGGGGAAGACAAUGACGAGAAAGAAGCUGUCACCUCCAAAGGUCGUAAAACCGCCAACAGCCAGGGCAGGCGCAAAGGCCGCAUCACCCGCUCCAUGGCCAACGAAGCCAACAACGAGGAGGCGGCCGCCCCGCAGCAGAGCGCGGAGCUGGCUUCUCUGGAGAUGAAUGAAAGCUCUCGCUGGACCGAAGAGGAGAUGGAGACGGCUAAAAAAG